CGAGUGUCCCGGGGCGCCGCCGCUCCGCCCUUCGGCAGCGCCCGGAUCGCUCCGUGCGCCGCUCCCGGGACACUCGCGCGGGCGUAGCGGGACGCGGCCGCUCCAUGAGAUAUUGAAGAAGGAUAAAAAGCUCCUCAAAGGUUUGGAAGGUUGAAUGUGAACAGCAUGAAGAGCUUAAAAGCAAAGUUCAGGAAGAGUGACACCAACGAGUGGAAUAAGAAUGAUGAUCGGCUCCUGCUGGCAGUGGAGAAUGGCGAUCCUGAGAAAGUGGCUUCAUUGCUGGGUAAAAAGGGAGCCAGUGCCACCAAGCAAGAUAGUGAGGGCAAAACUGCUUUUCACCUGGCAGCCACAAAAGGACAUGCAGAGUGCCUCAGGAUCAUGGUGACACAUGGUGCAGAUGUGACAGCCCAGGAUGGUGCAGGACACAGUGCUUUACAUCUUGCAGCAAAGAACAGCCACCCUGAUUGCAUUAAGAGAUUACUUCAGAGUAAAUGUCCAGCAGACAGCACUGACAAUUCUGGGAAAACAGCAUUGCAUUAUGCAGCUGCAAUUGGAUGUCUUCAGGCAGUUCAACUCCUGUGUGAACACAAAUGUCCCAUUAAUGUCAAAGAUUUGGAUGGGAACAUACCUCUGCUGCUUGCAGUGCAAAGUGGACAUACAGAAGUCUGCAAAUACCUUCUGGAUCGUGGAGCAGACAUCAACACCAGGGAUAAAAAUGGAAGGUACAGCAGGUUAACAUGUUAAUUCUUCCUCAAGGCUGACUGUCAAAUGAAGCUUUUCUCCUCAAAUUCUUCUCAAAAUAGUUGAUGUUAGGUGAAAUAAUGCUUUCUGUACUAGACAUCCUGAUUGUUGAGAAGGAUUGCAAAAUUCUGCCUAAAGGGAAAGAAGAAACAGAAACUAUGCAACUGUGAGCUAAUGUGCCUGUAAGAUUUCCCUUGGGCUACCAGAGCAGUAUAUCCCAUUUUUAAGUGAUUCCUACACAAAAAUGAUUGAUAGCACUUACCCACACAUCACUGUCUAAGUGUCCCAAUUUGAAGUGCUGCUUUCUUCUUGAGAUGAGUUAGUAACUGUUUCUUGGGAGCAAAAUCUUUGGAGGGCUCUUUCUUCCACCAUAAUGCAGCCACAACAACCAGAGAAAAGUACAGUAAAGCUUUAUAGUGGAGAUGCUGUUUUAGGAAGUGCCAAUUAGAGAUUUUUUGCAUUAAUAGGUAGUGCAUGUAUCAGAAAACUGUUCUUAAAAAGCAACAUCCUUGUAGUGAAAAAUGCACUUGUUUUAAUGAUAGUGACAAAGAUCAAGAGUCUGUGAAAAUUAUGGACUGUUACAUAAAGAGUUCCUUAAACUGUGAAGGUAAGGAAGGAUACUGAGAAGACUUGGCACCUACACUUCAUAGCAAUGUUGAUAUUACAGAUGAUACAAUGCUGAUAUUGUUCUCUGGUAGCACCUGCGAGGAUAAGACUGGGCCCUAACUUGUUUUUUAUCAGUCCAAAGUUCAUUAGUGCACUCUUUUUUUUCAGCUGUCUAAAGAAAACUGCCUUCUUUGUUUGUUUGUGUGACUUCCUCAGUGCUUUGAACCUGAGGUGCUGCACACUCUGGGACCUCCUCCUUCUCCUCACUUUCUUACUAUUUAAUCAGCAGACAGUGUUAAGACUUCCUUCUUGAAUUGGAUGAGUUUCUGUCAUAGAUAGGACUCACAUUAUUGUAUUUUCUUUUUUAAGAAAGUAUUGUGUGUAGAAGUAAGAAAAUUGUAUAAUGUGGAAUAUGCUGGUUUACUUCUUGCUUUCAUCGUGGUAAGGGGAGUGGGUACUCCUGCAUCUCACAGUCACAAAGGGGGUUAAGAUUUUACUGAAACAGGAGAAGCCUUAUUGGGAGAAGAAGGGGAUAGCCUUUGAAAACAGCAUCUCCAGAUUUCCAUCUUGUCCAGGCUAAGUGAAUCAUUUUUGUAACCUAAAACCUUCCCUGUGACUCUGGAGGUGUUAUCCAAAUUGCUACUCAGCACUACCUUUUAACACAGCACUGCAGCAGCCAUCACCUCUCCAGGGCUCUCCCAUUGCAGGGAGUAUGUUUAACUCAUCAGUGAAACAUUUGUCUUAAUGUUUAGCAAAUAUUAUCACUGUAGUAACUUUUCAACUUCAAAUCUGCACUGAGGAAUAUGUUUGGCAGUAAACUUGGCCAACCUAUUAGGCAUGUUUUCAUGUUGAGAAAGGAGAAUUAUGCCCAAGCAGGAAGGCACUAUUAGAGCACACUUGAAAAGUGAGGGAGUUUGUGUGGUUUUAAUUACUCUGUACAUUUCUUAUGACCUCUUCAAGUAAUUGAGAAAAGCAGAUACAACAUGUUAGGAAAAGACUCCUUCUGCAUGCUACCCUUACUCUAGAGUCUGGCAUUGUGCAGCUACCCUGUGUUGGAAAGGGAAUGGUUUGUGCUCUAAUGGACUUCUUGUGGGUUUUUUUUCUUUUUUUCUGUUUUCCUUUUUUUUUAAGCUGACUGUAGUACAGGGUUUCAGGUCAAACCCAUCUCUUGGA